CUGACACAGAAAACCAGAAACACGUCAGGAGCAAAAACACACCACUUCAUUUAAUCGGCCUCUCGAGAUUGCGAAAUUUUAAGCAGUAAGAUGUCACAUACUAAGACAGUUGUUGUCACAGGUUUUGGACCAUUUGGUGAACACAAAGUUAAUGCAAGUUCAGUGGCGGUACAAGAACUCAAAAAGCUUAAUCUUGGUGAUGAUGUCUCCUUAGUAACCGAAGAAAUGCCGGUGAUCUAUGAAGACAUUCAAGAAAUUGUCCCGUCUCUAUGGAAACAACAUCAACCAAUAUUGUUGAUACAUGUAGGCGUGUCAGGGAUAGCAGAAGCCAUUACGUUAGAAGAACUCGCUCACAACACAGGAUAUGUACAACGGGAUAUCAAAAUGAAAACGCCCGAUACAGGGUGUUGCAUAGAUGGUGGACCUGACUGUAUUAUCAGCCGGCUAGACAUGGGUGCCGUCUGUGAACACAUCAACCAAACCAACUGUGGCAUACAAGUAGUGACAUCAAAAGAUGCUGGCAGAUACCUGUGUGACUUUUCUUAUUAUUUAUCACUCAGCCAAGACUGUUCAUGUGCAGCCUUUGUACAUGUUCCACCGCUGGGGAAACCCUACACUGCAAAACAGUUAGCGAAAGGUUUGAAGAUGAUCAUCCAAUGUCUACUUAAUCAGGUUGUACCUAACAAGAUGUGAUGGCAAUUUCUAGAAAACGUGAAAUACAUCUAUUAUUUAUCCAUUUUUAUCAGAAAUAUCUAUCAGUUCAUUUUCUAUUGAUUUAUUUAAUGCUGAUGUCCCCCCCCCC